UAGUCCUUAUAAUAAUUUUUUUAUUAUAGGGAGGCCGAAGCCAGAAGAACGGUACAGAGAAUCACAGGGGAAGCAGUCGCCUUCCAAUCAGAGGUGAAGGAUGAGAGCACUCACAACCUGAAAAGCUAAACAGCCAAACAAAGAAAAAGGACAACACAGGCAAAGCAGUCUAAGAUUGAUCAUUGUCGAGGUUUUCGGUCACCACUUGCCGCGGGAAACAUAUUCCCAUUACUUCUUCCUGAAAGAGCCUUUCUAAAUCCAGUGGGAGUUCCUCUAAAUCAUACAUACCGAAGGGAUAGACGAGACUCUACUUCGAGAGCCAGUCCUCGACUCUAUUUCCUUCGCGAUAUGUGUAAGUUAAGCGAACAACCCAACUCUGAGCCAUCAUUCUCCAAAUAGCGUUAAAGAGAGUAGCAUGAGGGUGAACUGGAUCUGUUAUUUUGUUAAUGAGAUCAAUGGCUAGCUUGGAAUAUGUUUCUAGAAUCAAGAAUUGAGUACCCUUCCUCCAAGCAAGAUCAAGACCAUGAUAGAUACCCAGCAAGGAUUGCUGAACCAUUCCCUAUAUUGCAGGCAAAGCCAGCCAUCCAAUGUCCUUCACUAUCCCGAAGCAGUCCUCCUGCAGAAAUGGUUCCUGGGCCAGCACCAUCGGUAUUAAGUUUGCAGUCCUCCUCUCUUGGUGGCUUGGUCAUGGCCUCUUUAUCUAUGUUGCUUUCUUCCAAGUUCUCGUCCAGUCCUUGGCCUUAAAAAUUAUGUAAUUGACAGUAGUAGUACUGGAUAAUCUAGUGGCCUUGAAUAUAUAAUAAUUUCUAAGCUUCCAGAUGUACCAGCAAGUAAGAGCAAAGAAGCUAUUCCAGCUCCCUGUUUCUUCCGUAGUAUCGCAACUCUCUAAAUUCAUUUUAUUCCAUUCUUCAUGACUCAUAGCAAAGAAGUGGUGAUGCUCGGCUGCAGGGAUCAAACUUUCCCACACUGCCCUGAUCUUAGCAUAGUCCCGCAAACAAUGAAGGUUCGUUUCAAUGUCUGCCUCGCAAAGGGCACACUUGUCAUCUGAGGAGAGGUGGCGCCAUUUCCUAAUGUUGUUCGUUGGCAACCGUUCCUUCCCCGCAGUCCACAUGAAGAGUCAAACACAUUCUGGAACCUACAGCCGCCAAAUCAUCUUCCAAUGAGCUGAGUGGUGUUGUCCUUGCUGCUGGUCUUCAAGUUUGUAUGCCGAGGAGAUGGUGAAGAGUCCAUUUGCUGAAGCUUUCCUGAAUAGGCUAUCUUUAGUAGUUGUCAAUGGAUCCAGAAUAACGGAUCUGAUCUUCUUUAUCACUUCUGCCGGCAGGUAAGCCUCCAGAUCUUCAACCUUCUAGCCAGUAAUAUCACUCCAAUAAUCAGCAACUUUCUUCUCUUUUAUCUCCAUCGGGAUCUCGAUUAACGCAUGAGAAAUCAACGGUUCCUGCAAAACCCACGCAUCCAACCAGAAAUUAGUUUUCCUUCCAUUUUUAACAUUUUGAGCCACUCCUUUGUGAAUGAGACUAAUUGUUUGGGAAAAACUUUUCCAAGCAUGAGAAUUUCCCUUGACUUUUGUUAACAGUUGAAGACCAUUUUUGCCACGCCCGUACUUGCUUCUCAGAGCAUCAACCCAUAAGGAUGAAUCAUUCGUACUUAGCUUCCAAGCUCCUUUCGCCAACAUAGCUUGAUUUGUUCUUCUCGUGGGGCGUAUACCAAGGCCUCCUUGACGGCGAUGUUGAGUUAAAUGAUUCCAUGCCACUGAAUGCAACUUCGUUUUGCCUUCUGUCUCCCCCCAUAUGAAGCUUCUAUUGUACCUGUUUAUCGAGUUACAAACACCAACAGGGAGAAGUUCAGAAAACAUUGGAUAGAUUGCAAUAUUCGAAGUGACUGCUUUCACCAAAGUCACCCUUGCUGUCAUGAAGAGUUGUCUAGUUUUCCAGGCAACCAGUUUUUCUCGAUUUUGAGGAGCGAAUCUUUGUAGCGAGUCUUAGUGAUCCUCCCAUUGAUAGCGUUAACUCCCAGGUAACGUCCUAGAUCUGCCGUGAGCUUGAUUCCGGCAUGUUCGCUGAGUCGAUUUGCUCUAUCUCGGCGGAUAUUAGGAGAGACAAACAUUGUCGAUUUAUGGAGAUUGACCCGCUGCCCGGAGCUGAUACAAAAUUCAUCUAGGCAUUUUUUGAUGAUAUUGAUAUGUUUUCCCUCCGCUUCUGCAAACAAAACUAGAUCGUCAGCAAAAACAAAUGAAAAAGUUUUGGGCCAUUUUUGGAUCGUCACCAAAGUCACCCUUACUAAUAUAAGUAAAAAUGGACAAAGAAUUAAACAAAGCCAAAUCACACUCGCUAUACUUUCAAUUUUCUUUUCCCCCCUAUUUGUUACUUUUCUCAAACAUUAUUGGUUAAUACUAUCUUCCCCGGUCCAAUUUUCACCUUCUUAUUCAUUCUCUUUUUUGUUUUCGUCCUUUUCAUUAAACAAGAAUACGAGCAUGGCACGAGCACGAAUAAGCACGGCACGAUUCGAACCGUGCCCGAGCCUGGACCGGGCUAACAAAGUUGACAAAUGGGCUUGUAUGGCACGGCACGAAAACUGUUGGGCCGUGCCAAGCACGGCACGAAAUAAAUGGACCCGAAGCGUACCCGUGUCGUGCCGGCCCAAGCACGGCCCAGCGCCCAUGUACACGCCCAUAAUACAUGUCCAGAAGUGAG